GGGGUUCUGAAUGCGGAGGUCACAGGCAUUUGGGGGGCUGGGCCCAGACACGCCCCCUCGCGCUGCUCCCGAGCCUGGGGGGCGGGGGCGGUGGUAUCUCCAAGACAGGCCGGCAUUCCUGGCCGCCUCCGCCAUCCGGGCGGGCUGAGGGGUGGGGCGGCGCCCACAGGUGCAAUGGCUGGGGGGGGCCGUCCCGGGGGAGGUCCCGCCCGCUCCCCACUAGUCGGGAGGUGGCUCAACCGGUCCGGCCGGGAGCACGGGGGCGGGCCGGCCCGGUCUGGCCUGCGAAGCCAAGCCGGGGUUAUGAGUGGACCCCACCCCGCCCCGCCCCCUUGAAGAUGAUCCCUGAGAGACCGGAAUGCCAGGCUGGGCAUGGGGCCGGGCCGGGGCGGCCCGGGCAGGAGGGGAGUCGGGCGGCCAGCUCGGCGCGGGCCAGAGUGCCCGCCGCUUCCCCCGGGGACAGGUUUCCGAUGCCGUGCCCUCUGUCCUGCCUCCGCUGGCCCCGGGGCCCAACCCGUUCCUGGUCCAUCCCCAACUCUCCAGCCCCCAGUUCCAACACACGCUCCCCCCGGGGGGAGGGAGAGGAAGAGGAUGAGGACGGGGGCCCUGGGCCGGGCCUCACGGAGGCGGAGUCCCCCAUCCUGCCUCCGCCCUCCCCCUUGGACUGCCUCAUCUGCGUCUCCCCCUUCGACGGAGUUUUCAAGCUGCCCAAGCGCCUGGCCUGCGGCCACGUCUUCUGCCUCGAGUGCCUGGCGCGGCUGUCGCUGGCCACCGUGGGCAGCGGGGAGGCCGUGGCGUGCCCCAUGUGCCGGGCGCCCACCCGCCUGCCCCCCCGCCGCGGGCCCCCCGCCUUGCCCACGGAGCCCAGGCUCCUGCCCCGCGACGCCCAGAGCCCCGGGCUGGGCCCGGACUCGGUCCGCUUCGACCGCCGCCGCGGCCUCCUUUACCUGCGGCCGCCCUCCUCGGGCUCGGGCCCGAGCUCGGCCAAGGCCCGCGAGGGCCCGCCACUGCCCCCGCCUCUGCGGCUGGGCCGGCCGCAGACCCGGCCCCUGGGCUGGGACCGCUCCACGUGGGCCUUCCACGCGGCGGUCACGCUGGCCGUGCUGGUGACGGCGGGGCUGGUGGUCUCCGGGGUGUACAUCUUCUUCCUCAUCCCCCACGCCACCUCCCACGCCGUCAUCCUCCCGCACCUGCCGCCGCCGACGCCCACUAACUCCUCCUGGUUUCUGGCCCCGGUGACGGCCCCGCCCCCGGAGCGGACCCAGCCGGGAGAAGAUGAGGGCCCCGAGGGAGACCAGGGCCCGGAGGGAGACCAGGGCCUGGAGGGAGACCAGGGCCUCGGGGAAGACCAGGGCCCGGAGGGAGACCAGGGCCCCGAGGACUUGUCUGGACCUCCGCCUGGAGGGUCUCAAGCAGGCGCUGCACCUGCCCGGUCCCGCGACAGAGAGACUGCUGAUGGUGACCCCCUGGGGGGCUGAGAGCCGAUCCGGCUCCCUAGCCUGUCCCUAGGCUCAUAGAUGGGGAAACUGAGGCAGCCCGAGGAGAUGAGCAGGGUUGGCUGGCACGGUCACCGUGGGCCCCACGUCUGGGCUUCCACCCCUGGAACGAUCUGGUACAGUUUCCCCAUUUUCUAGAGAAGUAAACUGAGGCCCAGAAAAGGCCUCAAGUCCUGCAAGUAGUGAGCAGGGGACAUACAGUGGCCCUGAGUCAGGGGAGCCCCAAAGUAGGGGCUGGGGGCGGGGUCGCUGAGCUGGCUCCCCCGGCCAUCCUCUGGGCUGAGGACGCAUAUCCGCGGGGGCCCCGAGCUCACCGCCCGAGGGCUCGGGGCUCUCCAGGGCGGAGGUGGGGAGCCCCCUCCCCUCCUUGGGGCACGCGGCGAGCGCCCUGAGGACACGAGAGGGGGGCACGUCAGGGACGCCCCCGACCCCCCAAGCCCCGGGUUCCCUUCGCACAAGCCAAGGAGCUCUCAAAGCUCGGGGGGGGUGGGAUAGGCGUUUGUAAUAAAGGCUUGUUGAUUGACUGACGGA